GUGUCCAUAAAAACGCAUUUUUGACCCCGAAAUAGGGCAAAAAUCUGGAAAAUUGUGCGUGAAGUCCCAUCGUGCGUGGUCGUGGCAGUGUUUGUUGCGUGGUUCAGUGCGGCAGCGCACGAUUGUGGCUGAGAAAAUGACCAUCAAUUGUUCCGGCACAUUACAACAACAAAAACAAUAGUGUGGGGCAUUUUUUGUACACUCGCAGAACCCGAAUGAUUUAUGAAUGAAAUAAUAUAGGACAUUGUUGAAAAUCAAUCGUCAAGAGGUGAGUGUCGCACAGCGAGCGAGAGGGAUGUCGACGAAAGGUGAUGAGGAGACGGAAAAGGACGCCGAAAAACACCUCGAUAGUGAUAUUGGCGAGGAGAACGAGAAGGAAGGCGAGACGCGCUCACUUGUGCCAUUUAGCAACAGCAAUGGAGCCGUUCUGGGACGCACGGUCACACUUCAGAUGCUGCUUGCCGCCAAGAUUUUGCAGCCCGGGAAGUCCGCUAUGACCAUUGAGUAUCUGGGUCAAAAAUUCGUGGGCGAUCUGCUGCCGGACGGCAAAAUAAAGUCCCAGGAAACGGAGACGGUGUUCUGCUCGCCGAGUGCCUGGGCGAUUCACUGCAAGCGGAUCAUAAAUCCGGAUAAGAAAUCGGGAUGCGGAUGGGCCUCAGUCAAGUAUAAGGGCAAGAAGCUGGACGCUUACAAGGCGGCGUGGGUGAGGAAAUGUCAAUUAAACAGAGGCACGUCGCCGUCUGGAGAUGCCGAAGCGGAACCGGAGAAGAAAGAGGAAGCUCCUGAGCCGAUAAAGAGAAUCCCAGUUUCAUUCAAUACAAUAAGUGAUCGAAAUAUCGCACACGAUGGCAAUACUCUUGUGGAAGUGGCUCCGUUUUCUCUCCUUGGACGACCGCAGCCCUUCAUGGUCUCUGUGGCCACGUCCGCUGUGCUGCUGCUGGACUUCCACUGUCACUUGACCAGUCGAGAGGUGUGUGGCUACUUGGGCGGCUCCUGGGAUCCUCAGGCGCAGCGUCUCUACAUCACACACACAUUUCCGUGCCGAAACUCCAGGCAUGACCGGGAAAAGUCUGGCGAUGUGGAGAUUAGCAUACAGAAGAUGAUGCUGGAGAAGAAUGUGAGUCUCGUCGGCUGGUAUCAUUCGCACCCAAAAUGUGGAGCUCAGCCCACUUUGCGAGACUGUGACGCGCAGAUGGACUAUGAGAUUCGCAUGAGGGGCCCCACAGAUGCCACUUACGCUCCUAUAAUUGGCAUAAUUUGCUCGCCCUACAACGAAGACAAUCCCGCCAUGGAGUCAUCUCUGAUGAUGUACUGGGUCGUGCCGCCGCCGGAGAACAAGCUGACGGAGUAUGGACGUCCUAUGCAGAUGACCUACUCGGUGAUGCAGGACGAAGAGCUGGCGGAGGAGGUGAAGAGUGAGAUGCUGCAGUGCGUUGAGUACUACAAGCAGUUUGACAAUGAAUUGGUGCGCUUCGGUGAUAUCUAUCGGGAUGAUGUGACGUACAUUGAGAAGAUGAAGGUGACGCUGUAUCCCAAGUUUGCGCGGAAGCAGGAAAACCGAGAGUUCUGGAAUUGGGUGAGAAAGAAUGUGGGUCUCGAGGAGGAAGAGGAGUUUGCUGUGCCGAAAACGGUGAUUGAUCAGAUGCUGGAGAAGCACACAGAAAUGCUAAUGCGACGAGAGGCGGAGAACAAGGCGAAGGAUGAUGAGAAGAAUUCUCACGAAGACGGGAAGACGGAGGAGAUGAAGGAGGAGGAGGUGUCUCUGAAUGCUACAGAUAAGACUGAGAUGGAUGCGAAGGGGAAUGCCAAGCUUGAUGAUAAGCAGACGCCGCUCUUGUCGCAAAUAUCCAGCCUGCAGGAGCAAUUGAAUUUGCCCAGUGGCCUAAACAUGAAUCCAUCGGCGCUCGCCACGGCGUUGGUGAUUCCACAUGUUGCGACUAACAGCAACAUGUCCAGUAACGCCAGUUCAGCAACGAAUACCAACUCUUCGCCACGCGACAGUCCAAUUACCAUCCCAUCGAGUUCCGCCAGUCCGGCCAAAUUUGAGAUUCCCAUCAGGGCGAGUCCGUCGCCCGCCAAGUCUGACGCCUCGUCGUCCAGGACGAGAAACUCGCCGGCUCAGAGUCCGGCCAAGUUCAAUGUGAAUGACGUGCUGAGGAACAGUCCAUGUCGAACGCCUAAUAAUCAACAAGCGCCUCCGGUGCCAACUCAUUCUGCUCCCACCGCUUCUCUGAGGCAUGACAAUCCGCCGCCUGGCACGAGUUCAUUGAAAUACGAUGGCGGAGGACCGGCAGCGGCUGCUGCUAACAUGAAUGAAUUGUUUGCCGCGAGUCUGGCUCAAUUGGCCAAGACUCUGCCUCCUGGAUUGCUUACGAAUGACUAUGCAGCUCUCUUCCAACAGACACCAGUGAAAAUGGCCAAUGAUUACUACUCCAUGGCGGCUGCGGCUGCAGCAGCCGCUGCUCUGGGAAAUGGAAAAGGCUCGAGCAACUCGAGGAGCAACAGCAAUCUCAAGGACUUGAUGACGCAAUUCAACAAGAAUGAUCUCAACUACAUGAUGCAGUCGCAAUACAAUCCCAUGAUGGGAAUGACACCGUCUAGGCAGGAGACUAAAACUUCCACAACAUCCACAACGUCUUCGAGGAGCAACAGUAAGUCCUCCAGAUCGGGACAGUCGGCAAGAACGAGCAAAUACAUCGAUUCACAGGCCAUUCCGGCGUCGAGCAAGAGUCAACAGCAGCAGCAACAGCGUUUGGCGGCUGGCUAUGAAUCCCUGAGGGCGGCAGAAGCGAAUAGACAACUGGCAGAUUUCAUGAAGUCCACGGAAUAUGCAUCGCUCUUGCUGCAGCAAUCUGGAGCGUUGGGAUUCAAUCCAGCUCCAGCGCCCACAACGACUACAUCUGGCAAGAAGUCCCGCUCCAAGGCUCAUAGCCAGGCAUCAACACCUCAGAUGCCCUCAAUGGCGGAUCUCAGCACUCUGCUUCAGGCGACUAGCAAGAUUCCGGACUUGAGCAGCUUCUUUGCCACAGCCGGAGCAGGAAAACAGCCGGACUUUUCGCAAUUCCUACAGCAGACAGUCACGCCGCCGGUAACGUCGAUGUCCUCGAGUUCGGCGGCCAGCAGGAAGGCUGCGGCGGAUCUGAGCAGCUUCUAUGGGAGUAAGUUGCCGGAUUUGACGACAAUCACACCAGUGUCCAUGCCAUCGACGAAUGCGGCGAAUAGUCUCUCAAGUUUGCCACAAUUGCCCUCAAUGGCGGACUUUUCGGCUCUGUUUGCACCAGUUCUGGGCGCAGGAAGUUCUAGCAAGAAGGGCUCAAGCAACUCCAUGCCCACGAAUGACAUGUUGGGAACGCUGCUGCAAGCUGGGAAGAUGAAUGAUAUCAACUCACUGUUAUUCCCCGCUAGCAAUGGCAGUGGCGGUAAGAUGGGCAAUCUGCCCAAUCUCUCCAGUUACUUCUCCACGCCGAUGGGCACUGGGAAGUCUGAUGCCAUGUCUCUGUAUCCCAACAUCUCCGCCACGGCGACCACAUCCACGGCCUCGUCAUCCAGGCGUCAGAAGCAGGAGCAGAGGCAACAAGAGCAGAGGCAGCAAGAACAAGAUUUGGCCGCUCUCUAUCAGCAUAUGAAGUACCCUGGAUUGCCGGAUCCGCUGUCCAAGAGCACCCUGGCAGCUAAUAACAUGUACAUGAGUCCCUCGGCGGCGCUGCUGAAGAUGCAGCAAGAAGCUCUGAGUGCCAUGAUGAUGAAGCCACCGAAGAGCACGUCGGCAUCGUCAUCCACAUCUUCAGCGGCCACAUCAAAGACGCCGGACAUACUCAGCAUUCCACCAUCAAUGUCUCCCAUUCCGGAGCGCCUGCUCACGGCGACACCGUCCAAAUCGUCGGCCUCCUCUUCCUCCAGUCGCGGCAACAGUCCACUCAUGCCACCGAAUCCCACCAAGUAUAACUUCAGCGCUGUGGAUUUGGCCAUAUCCGCUGUUCCGUCGCCCUCAGCGCAACCCAUCCGGACGCCGCCAGCGUCCUCGCCACUCGCUGCCACGGAUCUGUCCGCCAAGAAGUUUUACAGCCCGGCCAACUCGUACGGCGGUGGGACGCCGGUGAAGAAGCGCAUGGAAUUCUCCUCGAUUGCCGAUCUCGUAGCUCCGCCACCGACAAAGAUGCAAAAGAUGGACGAAACUGGACUUUCAGACGCUGACGAUUCGGGCAUUCUCAAUUUAUCCAGCAAUUGUAAGUGAAUAUAAUUUCUUUCGCGAAUGCGGCACACUUUCAGGGAGACUUUUGACUAAGUUACAAUCCAAUUAGUUUAUAGUCAAGGUGCAAGUCAAUAGAAGUGAAUUUCUAGAAUCCAUUGAAGUAAUUAUGAAGUCUAAGUAAUUAGUUCCAUUUAUUUUAUGAAAGACUGUCCUAGAUAUUUUUUGAAUUCAGAAGAAAACAGCCAAUAUCCUUAUGCAAUAUUAUGGCCAUUACAAAGUUUUCCGGGAAAUGUGCUGCAGAGUGAACAAUCGAUUGAGAUUGUCUGAAAAGUAUCCCUAAAAAGUAUUAUUUGACAGGAAAGAUUGGCAAGAUAUUGAAUAUUAAGCUGAUAGAUUGACAUAGCGAUGCCUAAUUAAGAUCGAGACAGUAUGAUUUUUAUCAAUUCUAACUAAUUAGAUAGUAUUUCUACCUAUUUUUUUUUAUUUAACACAUCAAUUAAAGAACGAGAGAGAUUUUUUAAUACAUUACUUCACGACUUUAGUUUGAGAAACGAAUAAAUGUGAUUGUUUUUGUAUAAUUUUUGCUUUUAUAUGCUUUUAGAAUGAAUACACUUUUUUCUAUUGUCUAAUAUUGUGUGUCCCAUUAGAAAAAUUAACAAUAUUUUUAUAAAAUAAACUAAAUAGCAUGGAAAUGAUUUUGAACAUGCACAAGAAAAACAAUGUGAAGAGAAAUCCAUUAUGAAAUUACCGAAGGAAACACUGCAUUCAUUUAGUUUGACUGGUUUAGAAGUAAAUUUAAAAAAAAAGAAACAAGAGAUAUGAUAAUAGUUUUAUUUGAUGAAUAGAGAUUUAUAGUGAAUUUUGCCAUAAUCUGACAGAAGGUAUGAAAAAUAGAUCGGAUUUAUAAACUGAUAGACUUUUGUUGGGUUUUCAUAAUACUUUAUUUUACUGUGAUCUUUCGAAUGACACUGGAAGAUCCUGAUAAGUCUGCAAGGAUGAGAAUGCAAAAAUAUUUACAUAUUUUACUGAUUAAAACUAACAAAUAUGCAUGAAAAGAACAAGAUUCCUUUAAAAGUAAUGCAAGAAUUAAGAUGAAAGGAGAGUAAAUGAAAAUGUAGAACUUGCGUACAUUACAAUUGAAUAGUAUAGCAAAAGUGGAAGCGACUCUUGAAAAACAAGGAAGGAAAAAGGUAAAAAACAAGUAAUAAGGAAUUAUAAUAAAAAUAUACACAUUUGAAUAUGAGUAUUAGUGAAGAAUUUGCUUUCUGCGUGAGCAAAUUUUAUUAGAAAUUAUAAAUUCGUUAAAAAGAAGAAGUAUGAUUCAAUCUAUAUUAAAAAUGAAUGCAUAUAAAUUUAAUUAAUUUGAAUAUGAAAAAAUACACAUUAGAGAAUAUGUAUAAAAAGGCAGACAGAAGUAAAAAAAAAUGCUAUAGAAAUUAAAAGUGACAAAGGAACUAAUAAUUAAUAACUGAAAUGAGGAGCAUAUUUAGAAUAAAAAAAAUAUGUACUAGUGCAUAAUAGGAAAUAAGAGUGAAAAACUGACGAAACAGAAUUUAGAGGAGAUAAAAAAAUAGAUUUCAUUGACGUUUCUUGACAUUUGAGAAAAAUAAGUGGACUAGGAAUGGUAGAUUUGACGAAUAAAAUGACAAGAAAACAACUAAAAUGUCUGAGAAAUUUUAUUUAUUUAUGACUGUAUGUAAACGAUAGUAUGUAAUGUAUACUGAAUGUAUCUUUAAUUGUAUUAUUUUAUUUUAGCCCUCUAGAGAUUAACAACAGAAAAACGACGAUGAAAAAUCUUCUAUUUAUAAUGUAUGAUAUUUAUAUUGAUUUGGCAAAACCUCAACAAAAAAAAACGCUUUUUUCCUCCACUGCAAGAAAUUCUCAUUUCAAAGUGCAUCCCAGUGAUAAACUUCCCAGAAAUUAUUUCUAUCGACUAAUAAAAAUGUAGGAAUUACAAUAAGAAAACUCGCAAGAAUGCCAAUCUGCUAAAUGUAAGACCGAAAUUAUAUAUGUUACAAAAUGAUGCAACAAUAAACUUGGAGAAUUUUUGUUCUCAAACCGUAGAAUCACAAUUUGUUUUGCAAAAUAGUAAAGCAUAAUAAACUAUAGAAAAUUUCUUUCUCUGUGAAAGAAAGAAAAAAAAUGUGUAGUAGAGAAAAAAAAGUAAAAGAAAUCAAAUAGAAAGGAAAAUAAAUGAAACUUAUGGUGAAAAAUGGAAAAUUUUUAUCAUGAAGAGUAUUUACGGAUUAAAUUUAUUUUUUUGUAAACAUUGUAUCGAUUGAAUUGAUAUUAUUAUUAUUGAAAUGUAUAAUUAUCAAUAAUAAUUAUGA